AUGUCUAAAGAAAUGUCCCGUGGUCAGGGCACUCAGCCAGGCAGAUAUGAAAUCCCAGCAAGGUUGUGGACAUUGCACAACCUGGUGAUCCAGUAUGUAGCCCAGGGUCGCUAUGAGGUGGCCGUGCCACUCUGCAAGCAAGCACUAGAGGACCUAGAGCGCACAUCUGGCCAUGGCCACCCUGAUGUUGCCACCAUGCUCAAUAUCCUCGCUUUGGUGUAUCGGGACCAGAAUAAAUAUAAGGAAGCUGCCCAUCUACUGAAUGACGCCCUUAGCAUCCGAGAGAGCACCCUGGGCCGGGACCACCCUGCUGUGGCUGCCACUCUCAACAAUCUUGCUGUACUCUAUGGCAAAAGAGGCAAAUACAAGGUGGCAGAGCCGCUAUGCCAGCGGGCACUGGAAAUUCGUGAAAAGGUCCUGGGCACUGACCACCCAGAUGUGGCAAAGCAGCUGAACAACCUGGCCCAGUUAUUCCAGAACCAGGGCAAGUAUGAGGCUGUGGAGCGCUAUUACCGGCGUGCACUGGCCAUAUAUGAGGGACAGCUGGGGCCAGACAACCCUAAUGUAGCCCGGACCAAGAACAACCUGGCUUCCUGUUACCUGAAACAGGGUAAAUAUGCUGAGGCUGAGACGCUAUACAACGAGAUCCUGACCCGUGCCCAUGUGCAGGAGUUUGGGACCGUGGAUGACAACCACAAACCCAUCUGGAUGCAUGCAGAGGAGCGGGAGGAAAUGAACAAAGGCACUGACCCCAUAAGCCAGACCAAGGUGGCAGAGCUGCUGGGGGAGGGUGAUUGUGGAAGGACCUCCCGGGAAGGCCCAGGGGGCAGUGUGAAAUUUGAGGGAGGUGAAGAUGCUUCUGUGGCUGUGGAGUGGUCAGGGGAUGGAAGUGGGACCCUGCAGAGAAGUGGCUCACUGGGUAAGAUCCGGGAUGUGCUUCGUCGAAGCAGUGAGCUCUUAGUGAGGAAGCUCCAGGGGAAUGAACCUCGGUCUUCCAGCAAUAUGAAGCGGGCAGCCUCCUUAAACUAUCUGAACCAGCCCAAUGCAGCACACCUCCAGGGCUCCCGGGGCCUCAACUGGCAACUUCUUAUAAAUGCAGCUUACAUGAUCUUAUUUACUCCAGUUCCAAGUUUUGAACUAAGGGAAAGCUCAAGUCUCUGCUUGGCAUGGGAUGAAGCAAAAACUCUGAAGAAACCAAAUCUUAAUGGGUAG